AUGAAAAAUAAUAAAUUUAUAAUUCUAUCUUUAUAUUUAUAUUUAUUAUUUUUAUUAUUGUUACAAAGAAAUUUUAUUUUUGUAACUCAAGAAAAAGAAAUUUCAAAUUCACCUGUCCCAUUGUUUUGCAGUAUUUUUGAAAAUGGUACCUUAAUUAAUCCAGUAAUUGAUGGAUACGAAUUGGCCUCUAUUGAAAACUCCGAUACUUGUGAAGAUAUCAAUGAGUGCCAAAGAGAAAUUUCAGGUUGUUCCCAAUUAUGUCACAAUACUAUUGGUUCAUUCGAAUGUUCUUGCCAACCAGGUUAUACCUUAGAUGUUGAUAAAAAGGGUUGCGCAGUGCUAAUUGCUUUUGUUUUAGAUAUUGAUGAAUGUAAUGAUGGUGGUGGCUGUGAACACAUAUGUAGUAAUUUAAUGGGCUCUUUCGAAUGUUUAUGUAAUCCAGGAUAUACUUUAGAUGGUGAUAAAAUGGGUUGCAUAGAUAUUGAUGAGUGUUUAGCCGAAAGCUCAGGUUGUGCCCAUUAUUGUAAAAAUUUAAAUGGUUCGUUUGAGUGCUCUUGUGGUUCAAGAUUUGCUUUAAAUGAUGACAAAAAAGGUUGCACAGAUAUAACUUUCAUUAUAGUUUGGAACUAUUUAGAAUCAUUCCUAGAUAUGCUCAAGUUUCAAAAUGAAGUUACAAGUACCACAUUUUUUGCCAUUUGUCUUUAUGCAUUAAUUAGAUUUAUAGCCAAACCAAGAGUUUACAAGUCAAAUCUUGCACAAAUAUUAAUUAAUUCUAUGGCCUCACCAUUUAGAUUUCCACCACACUCAUUGGCAUCAUUAAUAGUAUUUAAAACUGAUUCAGAUGGUUUCUCAGAUUUAAAUAUUAUCUCACAGGUGUUGGGUGGUAGUGUAGGAAAAGUUAUAAAAGAAGAAUUCAACGAAAAUUAUUAUACUAGACAGGUUAAUUCAGGUUCAUUUACACAAAAUAAUUCAAUUUAUCAUACCCGACAAUGGAAAUCAUAA